AUGGAAAACUUCCAGUACAGCAUCCAGCUGAGUGACCAGGACUGGGCCGAGUUUGCAGCCACGACUGAAGAGUGUGGCCUCCCGCAGGCCAGCCUGGCCUCUGCGGAUGAGCUCUUGUCCAGUGACAUUGACCAAGGGGACAGCAGUGGCCACAGUCCCCCUGGGCCUCCACCCCUCCUCGAGGGGCAGCCGGCUGCUGGGGGGAGGGGCUGGCCUGGUUUCAAGAAGGAGGACAAGGCCGCCGCCCGGCCACUGGUCAGCAGGUCUUGGCGUGAGCCUGUCUUGGCCCUGGGGGCUGAUCCGCAGAUGCCCGGCACGUCCGCACAGUCAGAAGCUUUGCCGUCCCUCGCAUCUGACGCCGCCCCUCUAGGUCACAGCUCGUCGCUCCCAGGGCCAGCGUCUUCCAGAGACGAGAUGCAGAGACUUCUGCAGGGGCCGGCCCCCCAGGACCCUGAUCCUAGUCCCCCUGGUGAGUCUCCUCAGAGCCCCGAGUCUCCCGGCUGCACCACUGCUCCCCAGAGGCCCCCCGGCACUCCUGGAGCCGCGCCACGCAGCCCUGGCCGAAAGAAGAGGCACGCGGCCGGAGCCAAGGGGGGCCGGUGCUCGAAUACUCCGGGCUCUGCUCCCACCCACCUGGGCUCCCUGCUGCCUGCUGAGGCCAGGCCCAAGGAGGACCUUGGUCUGGCUGGGUCCAGGGGGAAGGGUCUCUCGGCUGGAACAGCAGAGCAGACACCAGGAACCAGGCAGAAUGGACUGAGUCCAGAGUCUGCAGGAGCGCCUGCGCAGAUGACCAAGCAAGGGACAGAUUUGGGUCUGUCUACACCAGUCCCUACGACCGAGCAAGGUACAGACCCACUCAGAAUGACCCCCAGAGCCGAGCCACACACCGCGUCCACACCUGCCCAGGAGACUCAUCCAGAUAUCUCUGAAGCUAAGUCAGAUGUGGCUCCGUCUACACUCGCCUCCAAGCUUCAACCUGACAUGGCUCUGUCUACACCUGCCCCCAAGUCUAGACUGGACAUGGACCUACCUGUGGUGGGCCCAGUGGUUAAGCCAGAGGUGGACUCAUCUACACUUGCUCUGCCUCACCUUGUUUCCAAGACCCGAUCCGAUGCAGGUGUGUCUACACCUGCUCCCCUUCCCCGGGCUGGGCCUGACUUCGUGGAGGUGGAGGCUGCCCCAAUGGCCAGGCUGUGUUUGAGCUCUGUUGUGUCUCCAGGAGGACACCAACAGAAACCCAGAGGGGAGCCUUCAGCAGGUGCCCCUGGACAUCACUCGGGGGAGCCCCCCCCACCAGGCUCUGUUCAAGCACCCAAGAAGAAGAGAGUGCGAUUUUCCAUGGCCGUGCCCAGCCCCAAGGAGCCAGGUUUGGGAGAAACCUCAGGCCCACCCUCACCAGCCACAGCCCGGCCCGCGCCUCCCAGGACAGCAGCCGGGGGCCGAGACAGGCCUGGAGGCUGGGAUGCCGUGGCAGUCGGGCCCCGGUCCCCCCAGCCUCGGAUCCUCAAACACUUGCCUUCCCCUCCCCCCUCUGCCUCUGUGGGGUCUAGGCCCAGGAGCAGCUUUGCAGUGACCCUCCCAGAGGCCUACGAGUUCUUUUUUUGUGACACUAUUGAGGAGGAGGAUAAAGAUGCCGUGGAGGCGGCAGAAGCUGACCAGGCGCUGGCCGGAGUACAGUGGCCGGACACGUGCGAGUUCUUCUUCCAGGACCGCCGAGCCCAGAGGUCAGGGCACUGGGGGGGCCACUCCAUGGCCCACCCCCCACAAGCUGAGCCUGUGCCAGCCUGUCCGCCUGGAGACCCCAUGCCCAUCUCCAUCCCCGAGGCCUAUGAACACUUCCUUGGGGAGGACGUGUCGGGGGGCGUGCUAGAGCUGGCUGCCCUUCUCCAGCUGCAGGCCACAGAGCCUCCCGGGUCGGUCCCCUGGGGAGUGGGGUCUGGAACCUCACCAGAGCCUAGCCCAGUCACAGCAGAGCAGCUCAGCCUGGCAGUCAGGCAAGCAGGAGAGCCCCGGGAGCCUCUCACCUCGUUUACCUUCAGCCAGAACGACAUGUGCCUGGUGUUCGUAGCCUUUGCCACCUGGGCUGUGAGAACGUCAGAUCUGCACACCCCAGACGCCUGGAAAACAGUCUUGUUGGCCAACAUCGGUACCAUCUCCGCCAUCCACUACUUCCGCCGGCACGUGGGGCAGGGGCGCCGCAGCCGCAGGCCCGGCCGCAGCCGCAGCCCCAGCCCCAGCUGGUAGGAUCCAGGCUUGGUCCAGGAAGACACAGGACAAAGAAGUGGCCCCAGGGGCUCAGGACGAGGUGCCGCCUCAGGUCUUGCCCUUUGAUCCCUGUGUCCUAUGGCAUCUAGGAAGGAGCCAGUGUCCUCGGUCCUGGCUCCCUUGGAUUCCACCCAAAGGUCUAGCCAGUGGCUGAGGCCAAGGCUGUGCUCCACACCUGGAAAGAGGGAGAUUCUGGAAGGCUGGGUGGGCAGGGCUGAGCAAGGAGCUGGUUAGUAAGGUGGCCAGAUUAGCAAAUAAAAACAUAGGGUGUCUGGUGAAACUUGCAUUUCAGACAUGCAGUAUUGGAGAUUGUACUAAAUUACGCGUGGCUUAUCUGAAAUCAAAUUUAACGGGGUGUCCUAUGUUUCAUUUGGUGAGCUGGGGUGAGAAGCAGGACAAAGUGUUGGAAACUAGAAGGUGUCAGUGCAGCAGCAAGGCUGCAGCUGGAAAUCCGGGCAGGGGGCAAGGGCGAGGAGACUGGGUGGCCUUCAGGUGGAGCCCCCUCCAGAUAGUCCCAGAGACUAUCUGCCCUGUUUACAAGCGGACUGGGGUAGUGAAAACCUCUGAGGCCUCUUUGACCCCUGAACCCCAGGGGCGUGUGGCCAAGGCCUUCUGGGCUCCUGAGACCGUGAGCAGGAACCCACAGGGGCCUAUGGGAGGGCGGUCCUAGCAGGGUGAGGGUCUGUAGGGCAGAGGCUGGAGCCCCUCCUGUGGGGAACCCUGGACGAGGUACAGGGGCAGAAUAUGGUGGUGUCAGGUAAAGGGACUGAACAUUUGGGGUCGUCCCGGGGCUUUGAGGAGCCAGAGAUGGGGCAGGAACGCGGGUGGGAGGCUGGUGGCGGCAAAGCAACGGAGGCUACCAAGCUGGGUGCCGGGUCGGCGUGCGCACAGGGUCCCCAGGACAGGGGACUUCUGGCUGCUGAGUGGAAAACGCGGGGACACGCAGCACAAAUACAAUCUUCAUCUUU